AGGGACCGAACCUGCAACCUCAUGGUUCCUAGUUGGAUUCGUUAACCACUGCGCCACCAUGGGAAUCAACUGAGGAAGAGAGUGUACAUAAUUGUAUGGUGCUCUUAUUCUUCCUUAGGUUGACUGCAUGGCAGAGCUUGCCUGGUACUCUGCAAAGUGAAGAACACAAUUUCCUAAGGGACAUGGAUUUAUGCACCGCCAAGCAGGAUGUCCCUUCUCAAUGAUACCCGGUUACAUCCCUCCUCCUUCUUGUUGCUGGGAAUCCCGGGACUAGAAACGCUCCAUGUCUGGAUUGGCUUCCCCUUCUGUGCUGUGUAUGUGACUGCCCUCUUAGGGAAUGUCACUAUUCUGUUUGUGAUCCAGGCGGACAGCAGCCUGCACCAGCCCAUGUUCUACUUCCUGGCCAUGUUGGCUUCCAUCGACCUGGGUCUUUCCACAGCUACCUUCCCGAAGAUGCUCGGGAUCUUCUGGUUUGGUCUCCGAGAGAUCGACUUUGAAGCCUGCCUCACCCAGAUGUUCUUCAUCCACAGCUUCACUGGAAUGGAGUCAGCAGUCCUCUUGGCCAUGGCUUACGACCGCUAUGUGGCCAUCUGCAACCCACUGCGAUACACGGCCAUCCUCACCAACACGGCUGUUUCGGUGAUUGGUCUUGGUGUGUUAGUGAGGGCAUUUGGUUUUGUGCUUCCAUUUGUGUUUCUCAUUUUACGACUCCCCUUCUGUGGGAAUCACGUCAUCCCUCAUACCUACUGUGAACACAUGGGACUUGCUCGUCUGUCUUGUGCCAGCAUCAAGGUCAACGUUAUUUACGGCUUAUGUGCAAUUUGUAACCUGCUGUUUGACAUCACAGCCAUUGCCCUUUCUUAUGUUCAGAUACUCCGGGCGGUUUUUCGUCUUCCUUCCCGUGAAGCCCGACUCAAGUCCCUCAGCACCUGUGGUUCUCACGUUUUUGUGAUCCUCGCCUUCUACACACCAGCCCUCUUUUCCUUCAUGACCCAUCGCUUUGGACCCAACAUUCCCCGUUACAUUCACAUCCUCCUGGCCAAUCUUUAUGUUGUCAUGCCACCGAUGCUCAACCCUGUCAUAUACGGAGUCAGAACCAAGCAGAUCUUUGAUCGUGUGAAGAAAAUAUUAUUACAAAAAUAAGGAACUGAAAAGGAACAUCUAUGAUGUAUGAGGUGGAACUUCUGAGCAGAGAAACACCUUGUUAUAUUAAAUUGUGUACAUUUAAGUGUGGUUGACAAGAAUAUGUAUUUAUUUUGGUUCCCUUCUGUACCUAUUUUAAUGAGUUCAGAGGGUGAAACAUCUAAGCUUUUUUUAAAAAUCCAAUUCAUAUGGUAAGUCAUGGCCCAUCACAGUCUUUAUAAUAAUGUGAUUUUUGCUCACUAGUAUUGGUAGAUUCAAAGCAGAAUUUAUAGAACACACCACAUUUUUUACACUAUAUCUUUCAUGUGGAUUUUUGAUGAUUCUCACUCCCUUUUUCUCUCCAAGCCUUCCUGUAUCUAUUUCUCUCUCCCUACACUGCAUCUUCCUCUUAUCUCUUCAGCAUUUUUCCUUUUUUUUCCCUCUAUCUUCAGAAAGCAAUCAUCUUCCUUCCAGUAUGAGGACAAUGAUAUGAUAUCUUGUGAUUUCACCAUAAAUAUUAUAAACAUCCAAAUGUUUAUAAUAUUCACCCAAAUAGAUUAGGUACUGAUUUCGUACAUGAAAUGGAAGUAAGGGAAUUAAUGGGAUUAUAAAAAGCUGCAUUAUAAAUUUCCAUGUAGAGUUGGUCUCAAAUACAUUUAGGUCCCAUAAAUCAAACGAUGGCAAAAAUGUAAAUAAAGAAACCACUUAGAGCCUAGGGAGGCUGCCUGCUUUGACAUUCCUGGUUCUAUUUGUUUGCACACUUACUCUUAGACUAAUUUUGCAGUUGUUGUUUUCUUUGUCUUUAACAAACAUAACUUAUGUUUUGUCUUAGUUCUGUCUUUAACAUAUAUAUCAAUGAUCCCUAUUUUACAAUUAUAGUUUUAUUUAAAAGAUUCAGCA